GCUGCUUCCAUCUUGCUGGUCUGUCCGCAGACUUGCUCGCUCUUCGACACCUAAGUCGGGCUGGGAAUUUAAAUAUGUAACAAAACAUCCAUAAUCGACCAGCCAGGGGUCCUCAGUCGCAUGCUCGCCCGAGACAUGACAACCCUACUGUAACAAUGACUAACAUGAUCCAAUAUCGAGGGCUGCCCAACUUACCAGGAACAGGUUACUCUGAUGUCGUGCAGCGCGGGGUUAGGCCUUCCUGGACAGUUGCAGCUGCCUUACUACUGGUUAGGGGAACGGGUUGGGGGGAGGGAUCAAGGUCGAAAAAGCGCUUGCCCUCUGAUGCUAUCCACGGGCAGAUGACCGCCAUCUGUGCAUCACGUCGAUGCUAGAACCUGCACUCCCGUCUUAUUAAGUCCAGGCCCAAGCUUCACCACCUAUCAAACUCUUCGUCCAUGCCGCCACCAUCUCGUACAAUGGGGCCCUGGGGCCACCGGGGUGGGAUUUGGAUGGCAGGUGCCUUCGACUCGUAGUUUUCUGGCGAUGUCUAGGUACUUUGCCGUUGCCCACCUUCGACGGCAUGUUUCCUAGGUUUGGAGUUGACAGGUCAUCUCUCCUUGUGCCCGAACAUCUGUUUGAUUCAGCCUAUCUUGCUCACAUAUACCUCGAGUUUAGUCGUUUAUUGUUGUUAGCUGCACGUUUCCCUCUUGUUCUUGCAAAGUUUUGACGCCCUUCGUCUGUUGCUUCUGUUUGACCAUCAUUUUAUUUGUUUGUUAACUCCUUUGGGCGGAUGACGGCCAAGAUUGUUGAGAGUCCGAUAUACCUCGGUAACAGAACUCGGACACGAUUUCCACACACACACCAUAACACCCCGCCAAAAAGUCUCUCCUCCACACUCUCGGCGUACGAUGGAAUUCUCGGCGCUUGAUGUUGAAGAUAUCGAAGAUUAUGAGGGAGCGCGGUUGGCUGUCGUCCCGGACGACUCCAUCACGUCCCAGCUCCAGGAACUUGCCCCUUCGAAUCCCGGAAGGACUCUUCUGCCUUCCCCCGUGGCCCGAGCCGUCAGCUUUGCAACCAGAUCAACUGGUCUUGCCCUCCGGGUGGGCACCCUCUUGACCGGCUAUGGCUUCGACGCUGCCAAGAUGACAACCUUGUCCAGCUUGGAAAUGGGUCGCUUUGUCCUCGAAGGAAUCCUCGGCAGGGCGGGCAGAGACGCAAUCGCUCGUUCUUCUUCGGAACAUGGGAGAAAGGAGGCUGAGAAUAUGUUGGAGAAAAGCUUGGAAAACCUACAUCGGACCAUGAGUCAGAUUCUCUUUUGGACAACAACAGGCUUCCAUGUGACUGGAACAACAAUCGCCAUGUUGUCCGAGACCUCACAGCUUCUUCUUUCCACCUUGGAUCAGUUCUUCGGCUCGACUGACUCUUCUCGUGCCAUGGCCAGCAUCAUCACGCUUAUACGAAGGGAGUUCCAAAACCCAGCUACUGGCGCACAAGGCGAACAAGUGGGAGUUAUGGAUUUGAUGCUUGGACUUUGCGGUAUGGCCUAUUUGCAGAGAUGGUGUCGGCGAUCGCUUGAGGAGGAGACACGGGCGCAUCAGAUCGAAGAGGUCGUCUGGGAUGUCAUAGUUCUCAGUGACGGUAUGCGGGUCGACGUCCACGAGGAAAGCAUUUAUGGUGUGCACGACGGUGAGUUCACAGAGGAUCUGACUCCCACCAGCGGCAGCGAUGCACACGACAGCGAGGAAGACGCAGAAGAAAGGAUCAGGAACCAAAUAAUACGGUCUCUCGGCGACAAUGCCAAGGUUUCCAUCACCACCAAGAUAAACACCACAAAAACAAUCACCGUCGAUAUUCAAGGACCGAUACACGACAUACCGGUCUCCCCGCCACCUGGAGUGGAACUCAUUGAGGAGAGUAGGAACCCCCGUCAAGGCUCCUCACAGACACAGGCUGCGGCGGACCACACCCCCCACGCCUGCCGUGUUGUGUACCGGCUGAAUCGCAACCAGGAGAGAAGGUAUUCCAUAACCAAGGAGGAUGGGGAUAUCAGCCAAGUAACCGGAUACGUCGAGCAGUUGGACGACGAUAUUGUGACUAUGUCGGAACGCUCAUUGCCGACAGUCGAUGCCCUCCCUCCAGUACCGACCAGGUCGCUAGAGCACCUACCAGAUUCUGCCACUCCUCGUCCUGGCUCUUCUGCGUCAGCUGCCUCCAGCUCUUCCAAGAGUCGCAUCCCGUCACUUCAAAUGCCAAAAAAGCGGAGUGAGAACGCAGCAAACCAGAAGCGACCUCGAAUACCACCCACAGCCUCCUCGUCAACCAAGCGUCAGGAAACGACCAUAUCGCGAGCAUCUGGCAAUCGUUCCCUCUCGUCCAGAAGUAGAGAUGAUGCCGAGUUAAAGAGGAAACCAAUUGAGAAAAAGAGCGGGUUUCGAAAGUUCUUUAGUAGAGAUGUCUUUGUGUCGGACACCCCAUCGCGUAAGAAGAAAGAAAGUCAAAGCUCGGGAAGUACAAGGUUAACCAAGCCUGAGACUUCACCAAAGUACAAGUCUGCUUUACCUAGCCCUGUCCGGGUUUUGGCUCCUCAUCGUCCUUCUUCUUCACGCCCAGCUACCCGCCAGUCUUCCGCUUCGAUUCCUAGGAUAGAGGAACCUGGUGUCUCUCCGAAGAGCAGCUCAAGUAGCCUCGGGAGAAAAAACGGAGAGAGGUCUCAAUACAUGCGGCCUCCAUCGCGUGCGAGUUAUAUCUCUGUUCACGAGAGGCGCCGCGACUCAGUAUACUCACAGACCGAAUCAUAUUCUAUUUCCGCCGCCGACGAUUUUCGACACUCCAGGCCUCCUUCGCCGUGUGCAAUCGAGACUGACAACGAAGACGCCGGCUCUGUGGCUACCCCUCGAUCAUCCGACCCUGCCCUCUCCCACUCGUACGGUCUCCCAUCAUACCAAAACUUAAGACGGGUAAAGUCAAGAUACACACCGAGCAUCUAUACCCUGCCACACGAAUCCACAUCAUCUCUCAUUCCCUACAGAGAUCCUCAAAAAAGCGCAUUCAGCAACACGGAAGCGCUGCGAGGACUGCGACAAGCUGGCAUGGUAGACGGCAUGUUCCCCAAAUUCCAUCUUCUGCGAAACAUUACGCGCUUCAUGCGUUUCGCCUCCGCCUCUUAUGGUUCCAACUUCCUCAAAAUGCUCGGCAUCGCCAAAGAAAUGCCGAUCCUGCGCGCCUUAGACACCGAGACCCACCAUGAAUUACGCUCCUUUGCACACCACACCGAAUCCGACGCCGGCAGCAUCCUUCUCUCCUCCUUCGUCGACCCGCAAGGCGGGUCGGACGGCACGGGCUCAACCAACACGGGCGUGCCCCUGGUGCACUACAUCUCACUCGACCAUGACUCCAAAGCGGUAGUGCUCGCCUGUCGCGGCACGCUCGGAUUCGAAGACGUCCUGGCCGACAUGACAUGUGACUACGACGACCUCGUCUGGCGUGGCAAGGCUUACAAAGUACACAAGGGGAUUCACGCGAGCGCUAAGCGGUUGCUGUAUGGCGGCGACGGCCGCGUCCUGUACACCCUGAAACAAGCCCUGGAAGAAUUCCCUGACUAUGGCCUCGUGCUCACCGGCCACUCUCUCGGCGGCGGCGUCACGGCCCUAUUGGGCGUCAUGCUUUCCGAACCCGCCCCGGGUUACAAUUCCACAUCUUUCGUCACGUCAGCCGAUCCGCACACGCACGUCUUGGGCGACUUUUUGGUCAACGGGUUCGCAACUGCCCAGCCGCCUCGACACGUCUGCUUACCCUCCGGUAGACCGGUCCACGUGUACGCGUACGGUCCGCCUAGUACCAUGUCUGCAUCGCUGUGCAAGGCCACAAGAGGAUUGAUUACGAGCAUCGUCAAUGGAAACGACAUGGUUCCGUAUCUGUCAUUAGGUGUGCUGCAUGAUUUCCAGGCGGUUGCGCUGGCGUUUAAGACGGAUAACAACGAGGCCAAGGUAGAGGUGCGUCAGCGGAUUUGGGAGGCUUUUCAGACAGGGAUUGCGGACAAGUGGUAUGGAGGGAAUCAGUCGUCGCAGUAUGAUCCUGGGACCGCAGGUCAUGGCGGCGCAGGUGAUCCAUCAUCAUCUUCUUCUUCUUCUUCUCCUCCUCCUCCAGGGAGCGGUGGCGAUAGAGGACCCGAGUUCUCGGACGACGACCAAUGGGCUUACGCUGCUCUGAAAGUGUUGAGGGCAAGUAUGAUGAGCCAUAAGCUUCUUCCCCCAGGGGAGGUGUUUGUGGUGGAGAGUACUAGAGUCCUAAGAAGGGAUGCGUUCUUGUUGGAUGGACAGGAAGGCCAUUUGGGGAGGCCAGCGCAGAGAAUAGUACUCAAGUAUAUAAGGGACGUGGAGCACAGGUUUAGGGAGGUCAGGUUUGGGACGAGCAUGUUGACGGAUCAUAGCCCCGGGAAGUAUGAGGAUGCGUUGAAUAAACUGAGGGCAGGGGUUAUGGAUGCUGCGUGAUUUUUUUCUUAUUUUUUCCUGGAGAGGAGGGGGUUUGAGGGGGAUGAGAUGGGUGGGAUGAGAGGGAGGGAUACAUAUGACUUGAUGAUUUUUGGGAGAUAUGUUUGUUUGUGUAUAUAGCGACUGUUGAAUGAGACGAAACACAUCGAUUACUCACCUUGUCUAGUAUAACCUGAAUAAACGGGAAAAAACAGAGGAUGAAUCUAAUAUAUGUGCUUGAGGGCGUUGAAC